AUGGCUUCCACUGAAAAACCUUCUGUUAUUAUACAGAAGGCCAGGAGGAAGCUGGCCGAAGCUCUCCUCCAAAUAGAGCCAGAGGUGAUCCUGGGCGUGGUGGAUGCCCACCUGCUCCUCAGCCAGGGCGAGUACUUCUCCUUGAGCCGCAUGAAGGAUCCACAGGGGUUGAUACAAGACCUGAUCGACACGGUGCUGAGAAAGGGAGAGGCUGCCCACGAACAGUUCCUCGACUGUCUAGAAAACCUGAGGCAUGCCUUCCCCAGCUUGCGCCCACUUUCCGAAUAUUUGGAAACUGGUUCUGUAGAUCUCAGGCAUGAAGCUGAAAUCCAAAGUGCUGCGGUGUUGCUGAUGAGUGGGGCUGAGAAGUUGGGUCCAGCCAUGAUCCCAGAGAGGGGAGAUGAAGUUGAAAGUCCGGAUCCUUCUGGGUCCUCAGAGGCAGGAAAGGAAGUUGAGAAGCCAGACGCUGUUCCAGGGCCUUCAGGAACAGGAAGCAGCGCUGAGAACCCAGAUGUUGUCCUCUCCUCCACCCAGGGGGUGAAGAAUGAGGAUGCCACUGAGGAUACAAAUGGGACGGAGAAACCAGGUCCUGUAGAUCUCAGCCAUGAAGCUGAAACCCAAAGUGCUGCGGUGUUGCUGAUGAGCGGGACAGAGAAGUUGGGUGCAGCCAUGUCCCCAGCGGGGGGCAGUGAAGUUGAAAGUCUGGAUCCUUCUGUGUCGUCAGAGGCAGGAAUGGAAGCUGAGAAGCCAGACGCUGUUCCAGGGCCUUCAGGAAUGGGAAGUGAAGCUGAGAACCCAGAGGUUGUCCUCUCCUCCAACAAGGGAAAUGGAGUGAAGAAUGAGGAUGCCACUGAGGAUACAAAUGGGACGGAGAAACCAGAGAGAGGGAAAGCACUUGAGGAUAUUCUCAGGAAACUAAAGUUGCAGAAGGAAAAAAGCAAGAAAUUCUCCCUGCAAAAAGUCCUAGAAAUUAGUUCAGGGCGUCUAAAGGAAUGCAUCCCUAGUGCCAUGGAAGAUUUGCCGUGGCAUUUUCUGCGGAAGGUCUUGGCUCUGAACGUGACAGCCAGGAGCACAAGCCUGAGGAAGGGGACAUCUGAUGGUCAGCAGACAAGAAAAGAAGAGGGGGAAUACAGAAUUGAUGAGAGUAUUUUCUGUACAGUCAGGAUGGAUGAAAGAGUUUCUGUGAACCCCCUUGAUGUCCUUUGUGCUGUUCUGUUUUGUUCUGACAGUUUCCUCCAGCAGGAGAUCCUUUCCAAAAUGUCCAUGUGCCAGUUUGCCUUGCCUUUACUUCUGCCUCCUUUAGAGACUUCCCAUUGUACCCUGAUGCUUUGGGCCAUGAGAGACAUUGUGAAAAAAUGGAGGCCCCAUUCCCUGGUUGACAGUAGGAGCUUUAGAGAGGAGAGUCUGGUGCUCACGUCCAUGCCAACUAUCUCCUUUGUGCGAAUGGGAAGUUUGAGUCUCUCCAAGUCCAAACUCCUGAAUGAGUUUCUCAGUCCUUCCCAGCAGCACCAUGAUUUCUUUCUGCACCGAGACAUGGAAUGUGGGAACAUACCUCGGGAAAUCGCUGAUGGGCUAGUAGAGAUUGCCUGGUAUUUCCCAGGAGGGCAGAAGAGCUUGGACCUUUUCCCAGAGCCCAUUGCAGUCGCUAACCUCCAUGGCGAUGUUGAAUCACACUGGGUGCAGUUCAGUUUUUUAUCAGAGAUAUCCUCGGCAAUAUUUAUAUUUGCUGAGCACAUUGGUGAAACAGAAUAUACCCUUUUAUCAUCACUAAAGGAAUCAUCAACUAAAUACUACUUUAUCUUGGAGUCUUGUGGUGGAAAAUUCAAUGAAACUUUAACUUUCUUAAAUAAAUUGGCCCCAGUGCUUAAUCUCAGUAACUCAAAUAUCCUAGCAAAAGAUGGCACAACCAAUACAGCAGAAUUUGUAGAACAGCUACGCUUUAUCACUGGAAGAAUAAUCAACUCUCCUCUGAAGACAGUAAGCAUACAAGAGAUGGCUACUGUGGCCCGGGAACUUACGAUCCAGGUGGAUGAGGACUUCAGGGAAUGUCAGGAUGCUCGCAACUGUGCUGUAUCAAUCACAGGAGAUGUAAGAGAGAUAGCCGUUUACAAAAAGGAAAUGCUGAAACUCCAAGGUGAUCUUUGGAAAAACCUGGCAAAAGUGGAGAAGGAGCUGUGCAGGAUGGAAAGGCAAGGGGCGAUGCCCUCUGAAAAAUACAGAUCUGAACAGAGAGACAAACUGAUGGCCCUGCGUGAGCAACAGAACAAGUGUGAUCUCAGUAUUGGUUUGAUAAAUUUCAUCCAUGGCAUCAGGCAUUCGCAGUCAGCAGAAAAGCACUUCUUCUUAAAAUGGAUGAAGUUCAACCUGGAUCACAUUGCUAGGGCUAACCUUUCUAAGUUACGGGCUGAGUAUAAAGAGAAAUGCAAGCUGUUAGGAGGCGAAGUCCAGAAGAUAGUAGAGGUAGACCAGCUGAUCUCUUCUUCCUCCUUGGGUGUUGAGCAUUUCAUGAGAGAGCUGGGUCAGUUUUAUGAGGCAGAACGUUCGAUGGUCAGAGAAGGCAAAUUAUCUAAAAACAUGAGGCAGUUUGCCCAUUUCCCCAGCAUUGCUGCUGACCUGAUGCUGGAAGGAUUUCCUCUAGAGCUGAUUGAUGGAGAUGCUUCCAACAUCCCCCUGCAGUGGAUAACAGAUGUUCUGACUCAACUCAAUAACUAACGGAGAAGUCGAUCCAAGAUGUUUGUGAUAACUGUGCUGGGGGUGCAGAGCACUGGGAAGUCCACCCUCCUCAACACCAUGUUUGGACUGCAGUUUGCUGUGAGCAGCGGCCGAUGUACACGAGGGGCCUUCAUGACUCUUCUUAAGGUCCGAGAGAACCUGAUUCAGGAGCUGGGCUGUGAUUUCAUCCUGGUGAUUGACACAGAAGGCUUGAAAGCUCCUGAACUGGCCAAACUGGAAGACAGCUAUCAACAUGACAAUGAGCUGGCCACUCUGGUGAUAGGGCUGAGUGAUGUAACAAUAGUGAACAUACUAGAGGAGGUUGCUAACUCAUUGAUGUCCAAAUGCAUGUUGUUCAUUGAUGAAAAGGUCAGCUCCAGAGAUUCCAGAGGAGAUUAUGAUGAGACCUAUUGUGUUGAACUUCUGCAUAUCAUCAAUCAAAUGCUUCAGCAGGGUGAGGUUCAAAAACUUCAUACAUCACCUUCCUUUGAAGUGGACCUAAAGCUUCACAUUUUAGGAGAAGCUGCUCAUAUCUUCCAAGAAAAGCAUGAAGAUUUCAUUAAGGAAAAUGAUCCCCAGGUACGCCUGGAGAAAUUAAAACCACAAUAUUUCUCCGUUUUCAGAAAUCAUUAUCUGGAAAGAGAUGCACAACAAAACCGGGCUAAGGAUUUCUGUGACCAGUGCCUCCAUCCUGCCUUGGUGGACUAUGUCAACAAAAGACUUGGGGUAGAAAUAGUGGAUGACAUUAUCAACAGCACACAGUCUAUUGGAUAUGCGAGUCGGAGCUUCUUCCAGUUUACAGUUCUGAAGGAGCUGUUGGAAGAGAGAGAUGUCAACAGCUAUGUGCAAUAUAGCACAUCCUAUGAAGAAUUUGUGAAGAGCUGGAUCAUGAGACAAAUAUUGGGGCACUAUGCAGACAAAAAUCAUUUGGAGAACCUGGAGAAGGACAUUCUCUUCUCAAUAGUAAAGAAAAUUAGGGAAAUGCUAGAGAACCUGAAACACAAAUGUUUUAAGGAGAUCUCAGAAUUUUUAGAAUUUUUUUGCAAAGAAAUGCAGAAGGAGCUGGUUAUUUCUAAAGACAGCCUGGUGGGAAUACAGUUUAAAAAUGUGUCUGACCCGGGGCAAUUUUCUUUCUGUGUGGAAAAUUUUCUUCCUGAUUUGGAAAAACAAAUACUAUCUGAGUUUGACGUCUUGAGUAUUGAAUUGAAACUCUCCAAACUGCCCGUGAAGCCCCAGGAUGAGAUUUUCAAGCGAGUGUUUGGCUGUGGGAAGCAGUGCCCCUUCUGCAAAGUGCCCUGUGAGGCUGGAGGGAGUGCCCAUAAGGAGCAUUUCGCAGCUGUCCAUCGGCCCCAAGGACUGGGAAAAUAUAGAUGGGUCAAUACGGAAAAGCUUAUUUACGAAUUGUGUUCCACUCUUGUAGUUUCCCAGUGCAACUUCAGAGCUGCAGAAACUGAAUGGAAAUGGCAUCCAUACAAAGACUACCGGCCAGAUUGGUGCAUCCAACCAGAUCCCAGUAUCAGUGCUUCUGAUUACUGGAAGUUUGUUUUUAAAGAGUUCAUUCAUGAAUUUGCACAUCAAUAUGGAGCUAAGCCAGCAGACCUGCCAGAGGACUGGAAAAGGAUAACCCAGGAACAGGCACUGGAGGCUUUAAAGGAAACCUAUAAUACGAAGUAA